GAUCUCAAGUUGAGCUUUCACCUUGCCUUUAAUUAUUUAUUCAGUUCUGUUUUUUCCCCAGCCUUUCUUUUAGUUGCCAAGAUGGCAGACUCUCAGCUAAACAGUUAUAAUCCAUCAUGUGUCGUCAACCAGUGUUUGCAACAAGUUGUUGGUUCUAUUGACGGAAACCCACUCGCUCAGUAUUCAGCUUGUACAACUACGUUUGGAGCACCUGUCGUUUCAACUGUGACUCCAUCCGUGGAAGUUGUCUUCUCUACUCUUGUCGAUACAGUUUCAUACACAGAUAUCGUGGUCUCUAUAAGCACGACGUUUUCGAUCUAUGAGGCGAUCACCACUCUAUAUACAGAUGUCCCUGACACGAUAACGGAGACAACAAGAACAACUACUACCACUACUGGUACUGUCACUGCUGCAGCAGUCACUCCAGCAAAGCACAAGAAGCGCGGUGGUUGUAAACCAAGGACGACAUUGUCAUCUUCGCCUUACCUUCAACCUUCAUCCACCUACUCUUUUGCUCCGGAGAGCUCAUCUUCAGUCCCCAGUAACAUUUCGGCCACUUAUUCGAUAUAUCCAUCUAUAUCCACCAGCUCGUCUACAGUGCCAACAACUUCGUCCUCAUCAGUUCCAGCUAUUCCUAUUGCAUCUUACUGCUCUGAUUUAGCAGAAUACUCAUCCGCCUGCGCUUGUAUCGACGCUGUUAGCGCGACUUCGAUCGUAACUGCGCCAACGCCGAUCUCCACUUCCACGAUCCUUAGUACUGUGAGCGUUAGUGUUCCGUCAGUAUCUGUUUCAGUCGUCACCAUUACGGUGACUAGCGAUUCCACCACAGUCGAAACAUCAACCUUGACAGCCACCCAGACGACUACCGAUGUGCUUACCGAGACCGUCACCUCAACCUACACACCGACACAAUCACCACAUCUUAAGAUCACUAGUAGCACCACUACAGCGAGGAUAGGGCGAUAUCUUACUCUAGAAGAGAUCAACGGCUACAAAUAUUUGAGGUACGACUAUGCGAACACAGGCGUAUCUAUUGCUGGAAACUUUUCUGUCUCCGACGCUGGGGUAUGGUCUCUGCGUGACCAGCCGCAAUUGACAGCGUACAUCUUCACGACAUCAAGCACCAUCAGUACCGUAAAUUUCAUAUCAUCUACGACGGCGGCUAGUCUUGGCGACACGGCUCUUACCUGCUCCGUGGGCAACGCCGGUGCCUUUACUUGCAUAUCAUCGACCAGCGUUGUUUUUGACACCUUCGUAACGUGCGGUGCUUAUGUUUACAUUCUUCCUGCAGCGAGGUAUAGCACGUACGUAAGUUCUGGCUGCAUUAAAAUUGGAUUGUCGCUUUCUACAUAAUCAGGAAACGACGUCAAAUUUCGCCA